CUAAACGAACUUUGAGCGCAAUCAGGUGAAUGUGAAUGCUGCUUCCUGAUUGGCUGAAUACUUUCUUUGGCACAUCGUUUGCCUGUUGAAAUUUUCACCAAUCAGCACCAAUUUAACCAAACUUCACUUCUGUGUUGUGGCCGUAUUGUUGACGUUCUUCUGCGAUCUGGUUUCAUUUAACAACUGCAAACAAUUCUAGAGUUAAAUUGUCGUCGUGAUGCUAAUCCGUCAAAUCGUUAUGGGUCGCCAUGCGAUCGAACAGGUGUACAUCGUAAAAUCUCUUGAAUGUGGCUUGUACACAGAAGAAGCCGCAAUUGAAGAGAAGGUUGUCUUACAUAAUGAAUGUUUGGAACAGGAAGUUGUACCAAAAAGCGAGUUGGUAUGUGACUCGCCGGAACACGAACCUAGCAGCAGUAUCAAGCUCACCGGUAUGAACGAACCCUGCAGAACAGAUAUUGAAGACGACAGUUCUAGCGCCAUAGACGUGGUAGAUUACGAACGGCAAAACCAUGUUGAAAAUUCAGGUAAUGACAAUAUCCUUCACAAAAAGAAUGGUCGUUAUGUUUGUAGGCAUUGCGAUAAAAGGUUUGCUACGAUGUGCAGUUUGGAGCGACAUGAAGGGAAACAUACGGUCGCUGAAACACAAAAACCUCCUCAACAUAAUUGUUACGUGUGCGGGAAGCACUUUUCGUCUGUGGUAGCUUUAAACCAGCAUCUGAAUAUGCAUGUAGAUAAACUGCCUUAUCGGUGUCAUAUAUGCAAAACAUCUGGAGAAGGAAUCACUUCGGUACGUUCUAUGAACAAACACAUGGCGAUACAUGAAAAAAACAUUACGAUAGAAUGUGUUUAUUGUGAAGAAAGAUUCUUCACAUUGAAAGAGUGCGAAAGACAUGAACAGCUGGUGCAUGGGGCGAACAAAAACCAGCUUGAAGCAACACCAGGAUUUACGACCAAAAGAUCUAAGAGAGGCAGAAAACCAUUCGUUAGUGAGAAUUCGUCCAAAACGAUCAUCGUUGAUGGAAUUAAACGCUAUGCGUGUGCGUACUGUGAAAAUUCAUAUUCUUUACUGAGUACGUUACGUCGCCAUGAAAAUAUCCACACUGGAGCGAAACAGUAUAACUGUAACAUUUGUGACAAAACGUUCCAUAAGUCUUCUUGCCUGCUGUAUCAUCAACUAACUCACACCAGUACUACUCCAUACAAAUGUUCGCAAUGCGGCAAGGGAUUCAAGGAAUCCGUCCGUUUGAUAGAACACCGUCGGAUUCACUCAGGCGAAAAGCCAUUCCAGUGUAAAAAUUGUUCAUCACGGUUCCGUAUUAGGACAAUGUUGAAAAAACAUGUUUCAAAAUGCGGUCGUCUUCAAACACGCAUCGAAGAAUGCUGUUGUCAGCUAUGCAAUCAAACGUUUUCUGGGUACCAUGAAUUAAUUCGCCAUACAAAAGAAACUCAUAAAGAGCUUCUAUCAGCGAAAGAGACGCGUUGCAACCAUUGCGAUCUGUGCUUCAAAACGAUGUCUGCAAAAUUGGAGCAUGAAUUUCAGCAUAGUCAACCAGGUGUGAUUGAGUGUGCGCAAUGUGGAAGGAUGUUUAAGCAGCAAGCAAAUCUGAUUCGUCAUCAAAAACUACAUACAAAAGACGCCUUGCGAUUCACUUGCGACGUGUGUGGAAAAUCUUUCACGCAAGCUGGUUCUUUAAAAGUCCAUUCAAGGACGCAUACCGGAGAACGACCCUAUCCGUGUGACCUGUGUUCUGAACGCUUUCAUCACAGCUCUUCAGUGGCUCGCCAUAAACAAUUGCACUACAAUAUUAACAGCAAAUAUUAUUUGUCCGAUUCGUCUACUGCUUUAAGCUCCAAAGUUCAGCCCGACUCGAAGAAAACAUAGUUAUUUUCUUCUUCUGCGAUUAUCCGUUCAGAAUAGUAUAUCGAUAAGGUUGAACAUAUCUCUGAGCAUACACUGGCUAGCGAAACCAAGUUUAUUUCAAGAAAACAAAGAUUUUAUAAAAUUCGUGUAUGGGAAAUCAAUUUUAGCGUUUGUUUAAGUUUUUGUUAAGUUGCCCUUGUUUACAUGCGGCAAUUUUUUGACCACGUGCCAGGAAGCGCUUGCAGAAUAAUUUAAGGAAGGAAGAUAUUUACUGUACGUUUAUCAAUUCUUUUCGGUGUUGAUUUCUUUAGCCACCUGUUUUGAUACUGUACUGUUUAGUUUUUGUCAGCUUUGCAACAUUUGUUUUGUUAGGAUACUUUUCGCUCAUUUUCCACUAACUAGAAGUUUUUGAGUCUUUAUCGACAUGUAUUCCGCCUAGUUGUAAGUUUCCUUUUUUUUAGAUUCAAGCGAUAGCUAGGAAUUCUAAUCAAGUAAAUUAAGUCGAAAUAAAUAAAAAUAAAUAAUC